AUGUCUGAUCAAAAGAUAAAAGUUCUUUUUGUGUGUUUAGGCAAUAUUUGUCGAAGUCCGAUGGCUGAAGCAGUGUUUGCUCAUACUGCACUGCAAAAAGGUCUACAAUCACGUUUUAUCGUUGAUAGCGCGGGGACAUCUUCAUAUCAUAUUGGAGAACCACCUCAUCCUCGAACGAUUAAGUUAUGCACCGAUAGUGGCAUACGUAUAGAUCAUAGUGCAAGAAUGGUGGAAAUAAAUGAUUUUAAUGAAUUCGAUUAUAUUUUUUGCAUGGAUGACAUGAAUUUAAGAGAGGCUAAAAAAUUGAUGAAGUCGGCUAAAAAUCCAAAAGCAAUUGUUAAAUUAUUUGGUGAAUAUGAUCCCCAAGGAAAAACUACUAUAGAAGAUAUUAAUAGAUUAUGCUUACUUUCAGAUCCUUACAACAGUGGAAACGAAGCUUAUAAGGAAGUCUUCGAGCAAGUUACUAGGUGUUCUGAAGCAUUUUUACAAAGCUUAGGAUUUUAG